AUGGAAAUGAGUCCUUCCACAACACUUUCUGAGAUCAGAGGACCUGAAGCCACUAUCAAAUCUGCUUUUCCAGUGGACUUAGACAUACCACCCAGAGAUCACUCCUAUCUUCCUGCAAUAAGGACAAUUUUAUAAUAAAUUUUGCUAAGACAAGAUCCUCACCUUCUCCAAAUGUUCAAAACAGCAAAUCUGGUAGUAAGGAGAUAUCCAAUCUUAUUCCUAACUUUUUACCUGGUGCUGAAGCCAAGUGAAUUGCGUGCUCUGAUCAGCUACAAGCCCAAUAUUGUCAUCUUAUUGGCUGAUGACCUUGGCAUUGGGGAUCUAGGCUGCUAUGGAAACACUACAGUCAGGACUCCUAAUAUUGAUCGGUUAGCAAAAGAAGGAAUAAAACUUACUCAGCAUGUUGCUGCAGCUCCUGUUUGUACACCAAGCAGAACUGCUUUCUUAACUGGAAGAUACCCAGUCCGAUCAGGUAUGGAUGCAACAACUGGUUAUCGUGUUCUUCAGUCACUUGCUAGUUCUGGUGGUCUUCCUCCAAAUGAGACCACAUUUGCCAAGAUAUUGCAGAAACAAGGCUACAGCACAGGUUUAAUAGGAAAGUGGCAUCAAGGUAUGAAUUGUGAAUACCGUAAUGACUACUGCCAUCACCCCUUAAAUCAUGGAUUUGAUUAUUUUUAUGGGAUGCCAUUUUCACUAAUGAAAGAUUGCCAAAUCUCGCAUCCCUCUGAGUUGGAUCCGUCCCUGCAGAAGAAACUCUGGCUUUAUACUCAGAUGAUUACCCUCGCUCUGCUGACCUGUGUGGCAGCAAAACUAACUAAUCUGGUGCCUCUCAGCUGGAAGGCCAUCUUCUUCCUGGCUUUGUUUGACUUCUUCUUCUUUAUUUCCUGGUACUCAAGAUUUGGCUUUGCAAGAUACUGGGAGUGUAUUGUGAUGAGAAACUAUGACAUUAUAGAGCAACCAAUGAAAGUAGAAAGAGCUAUGCCUCUUAUGCUGAGAGAGGCCAUUUCCUUUAUUAAAAGAAAGAAACAAGGCCCAUUCCUCCUCUUGGUUUCUUUCUUGCAUGUUCACACACCUCUGGUUACUACGGAAAAUUUCACUGGCAAGAGCAAUCAUGGAUUAUAUGGUGACAAUGUAGAAGAGAUGGACUGGAUGGUGGGAAAAAUUUUGGAUACUCUUGAUAAGGAAAAUUUGAAAAACAGUACUCUGACAUAUUUUGCUUCUGACCAUGGUGGACACUUGGAAGCUUGGGAAGGAAAUAUUCAACAAGGCGGUUGGAAUGGCAUAUACAAAGGUGGAAAAGCCAUGGGAGGUUGGGAAGGAGGAAUCCGUGUCCCAGGAUUAUUUAGAUGGACGGGAGUGCUGCCAGAGGGCAAAAUUAUUGCUGUACCAACAAGCUUAAUGGACAUCUUCUCCACCUUGGUUCACCUGGCUGGUGAGACAAUACCACAAGACAGGAUAAUUGAUGGUCAGAAUUUGAUGCCUUUGCUGCAGGGAGUGGUUCAGCAUUCAGGGCAUGAAUUUAUGUUUCACUACUGUGGAAUAUACUUACAUGCAGUGCGGUGGUACGAAAAGGAGAGUGGAAAUGUGUGGAAGGCCCACUAUGUGACCCCGGUUUUCGAACCUGAGGGAUCUGGAGGCUGUUAUGCAAUUAAGUACUGUCCAUGUUCUGGAGAAGGGGUAAUCCAUCAUGAUCCUCCUCUAUUGUUUCAUCUCUCAAAAGACCCAUCAGAAGCCAUGCCUCUGUCAGCAGACAAUGAACCACAAUUCUACACAAUUCUAGAGAGAAUAAACAAAGCUGUGGAAGAGCAUCGCAAAACUCUCACUCCUGCCCCACAUCAGCUGUCUUUCUACAACAACAUCUGGAAACCGUGGCUCCAGCCAUGCUGUGGGUCAUUUCCAUUCUGUUACUGUGACAAAGAAAAGGACAAUAUAUAAAAUGAUCAGCAUUCUUGAA